GAUUCUUAAGCCUCUCAAAACUAAAACCGCUGAGGAAGUAGCAUAUCACCUAGUUGAUAUUUUUACUCUCAUUGGAGCACCAAGUAUAUUGCAGUCAGACAAUGGAAGGGAGUUUGCAAACAAAAUAGUUUACAAUUUAAAAGAUUAUUGGCCUACGUUAAAAAUCGUUCAUGGCAAACCACGUCAUUCUCAAAGUCAGGGUAGUGUAGAACGUGCAAACCAAGAUAUUGAAAACAUGAUUUCGACUUGGAUGCAAGAUGAAAAAACUGACCGUUGGAGUGAGGGAUUGAGAUUUGUGCAACUUAUGAAAAAUAGAGCUUUACAUUCAGGAAUCAAAAGAACGCCCUAUGAGGCUCUCUUCGGCUGUAAAGUAAAGGUCGGUCUUACAACAUCUUCUCUGCCUCGAGACAUUUUGGAUUCCAUUAACAGCGAAGAAGAUUUGGAAAGAGUGGUUAAUAACAUGCACACAACAGAAACACAAACAAUGUCAAGUCUAGAACCUCCACUCCAAACCAAUCAUAACACUUCAGAAGUUAAUGAGGCAACCGUUGAUGUCUCGGUCAGUUCUAGCCUUCUACAAAUGUGUAGCGUUUGUUUGCAGUAAACUAAUGAGAAACAAAACUGCACAAAAUGUUUAGCGGACAUACAUAUUUCAUGUGGCCAUUCAAUUCAGGGGUGUGAUGAUACUGAAAAAACCCUGUUGUGUGUCCCUUGUUUU